UUUGCCGUCAGUCAUUUUCUGCUCAGUUUAAACAUGGCAGCAUAUCGUUUGAGUCGGUUUAUUCGGCGUGUGUGUUAGAUUUUUUCUCACAAAAAAUUGAAGUAUUUGUUUAAAUCGCUUCUAAAGGGUGGAUACAGUGACCUUGACGAAGACUCAACAAAUUAAACAAAAAACAUUUAAUCUAAAUAAACAGUGAACUGUGUGAAAUUACAUUUUUUUUGUGUAAUUAAUAACAGCAAAACAGAUAUUCUAUUGAACUUGAAUGAUACAAUUUAUAUCAGAACUCUGAUAUAUAUACACGUACAGUCGAAGUGUCCAAACAUUCUUCAGAAAUAAACGCAAGAUCGGCCUCCGACCUUUUAGAAUUGAUUUGAAUUUAUAUACUCACAAAAACACGUCAAUGAACACUGAUACAACAUUUUAUGCGGACAACUUGCAACGUCUACGGUACACUCUAUUCGGAUUUUGGAAUAAAAUAAACGGAAAACAUAUUUUAGUUAUAAUCAGUGAACGAAUUGCAUUCUUUGACCGAAUGUUUUGUGCGUAAAUGAACUCUAUAUAUACGGGAUCGGUAUACAGAUAUAAAGAUUAAAUAAUUAAAAGUGUUCGAUAAAGAAGAGGAUUAUCAGUUUUUCGUAUAUAAGUCGAUGCAAGUGCUGUGAACAUUUUUUUUAAAUUAAGAAAAUAUUGUCAUUUAUCUUCGGUUUAUCAUUAAUAUUUCGGGUGAAGAUCGGGAGUUUGUGAAGAUUUAUAAGUUUAUGUGUGUAGCUCAGUUAUAAAAAAAACAAAAGAAAAUUGAGUGAAUUGAUGGAAUAGAAAUUAAGAAAGUGUGACUCGCGAAAAAAAAUAAUUUUAUAAAAUGGAUUCAACACUAGAAACAACACCAGCGGCAUCGCCAUCAACAAAUGUCUUCAAACCGGACGACAUAGUGCCAUCAUUACGACUAAAUGCCACCACCAACAGCAACACCACCAGCAGCAACAAUGUCAACAGUAGCAACAACAGUCAAUUCAAAAAGUGCAUCCAUCAUCGAAUGUCCCAUUGUGGACGUACGGCUGUGGUGCAAACGCAGCAACGUGUUGUGCGUGUCGGAAACGGUAGUGCUGUCAUAACCGGCGGUAACAGUAGUAAUAGUAACGUUGCUACCAGUGCUGCCGGCAAUUCCUCCAGUUCUGUAGCGGGACAACAAAACGGAGGGAUUAGUACACAGGUCGGAAUCCAAAGUCAGCCCGGUCUGGUUCAACCGGUUUCGGCAGCAUUGCUUGCCGACCGAUAUCUGUUGCUGGAUUUGGUUGAUGGCAGUUCGCUGUACAAGUGCAUUGACGUUCGGUCACAUGAGGAAUUGGUUUGCAAGGUUGCCAACAAUCCAUGUACAAAUCUCUUGACUGCACAUUUUCGCUUGGACGGGAACAGCUAUGUGAAUCCACUAAGAAAAGUGAUUCAAGGACAGAAUCAAACUUAUCUAUUCUUCUCGCCAUCUGAAGGUGAUCUUCAUUCAUACGUUCGGGUACGAAAGCGACUCCGUGAACCAGAAGCCAGACGCUUGUUCCGACAAAUGUGUGAAGUUGUAAAGUGUUGUCAUGAACAAGGUAUCGUUCUACGUGAUCUCAAACUCAGGAAAUUCGUUUUCGCCGAUACAGAAAAAACACACCUUAGACUAGAAUCGCUGGAAGAUGCUGUGGUAUUAGAUAAUCCUGCCGAAGAUUUAUUGCAAGACAAAAGAGGAUGUCCUGCCUAUGUGUCACCGGAAAUACUGAAGGCGAACACAACGUAUUCGGGAAAAGCUGCUGAUAUGUGGUCGCUCGGUGUUAUACUAUACACAAUGCUAAUAGGAAGAUAUCCAUUCAAUGAUUCCGAGCACGCAUCACUAUUUGCCAAAAUAUCGCGCGGUCAGUUCGUCAUUCCGGAAUGUUUGACAUCGAAGGCCCGAUGUAUAAUCCGAUCGCUGCUCCGGCGAGAUCCCGACGAACGAAUCACCUCCGAAGACGUAUUCCUGCAUCCCUGGAUGACCCGUGAUGAAAACAAUGAUUUUCUGAAAUCAUCAAGUGAUCAAUGUGUUCCUGAUUUGAAUUUCGAUAACGCAUCGUAGUUUAUUUCUGUCGUUUUUUUUUGUGUUUUGUAAAAUAUUUUCCGUUCUUUCUUUACCCUCUUCCGUUGGAAUUAUUGUUUAAAAGAACAAUUUUUUUUUUCUUCUGGUCUUUCCUUCCUUUUUUCGUUACAGAAAUGGGAAAGCGUAAUUUAUUUAAAAAGAAAAAGCUUGUUUGAUGGACAAAUGGUUAAAUUUAAUUAAUUUAUUGUUUCAAUGAAAGCGUAUAAAUGGUGGAAGUGAGAACAUAAUUUUAUGAAUUUUUUUGGUCAUUCAUUGAAAUAAUUUUUUUUUCGCUUUGUGAUUUAAAUUUGACCAAAAAAAAAAUGUUUUCUUUUUGGAUGGCAAUUCACAUUAUUUUGUAUACUCUAUUGCCUUCAAUAUUUUUUUUCUUCGAUUAAUCAGACAUCAAAAAUACAUUUAAACAGCAAAAGCUAUUACUGUGGACGUUCUUUCAUUUCAUCUCAACAUGGCAGAUAUAACAAGAACUAUAAAAAACCGUAACAGACGCGAAUAAUCCCACAAAGUCCAUAAACACAUUCGUUCCGAUCUAUCGAAUUAAUUAGAAAAAUCCGUAGACCAAACUAAAUUUCAAAGAUAAAUUGAAAAAGGGAACCUCUGGCUGGAAACACUAGCGAGCACAUUUGGGCCUACCCAAGGCGACCAACAUUUUUUCUCACAAAGCGGUAAUUUUUGAUGAUUAUUUUGUUCGCAGCAUAGAAAAAUCUGAAAACGUUCAAUAGAAAGCUAAAAUUUACCGAAGUUUAUUUUUGAGAAUUUUAAUUUUGAGAGAUCCGAAAAAUAAUCAAAAGAAAAUCCGAAAAGAUUUCCGAAAAAUUCCUUAAAAAUUAAGAACUUUUCGGACUGGUUCCGAAUUUAUCGGAAAUCUGUUCGGAUUUUUUUGUAUUUCCAGAAUCCAGCAUCGAGGAAAAGGUCGUUCGUCACUACAGUAAUUCCGGAAAUUCUGAAAAACUUACAAAAAAUUCCGAAAAACAUUUUCCGAAUUUUUUCUGGAAUUAUUCGGAAAAUUUUCCGAAUUUUUAGAAUUGACAUUCGCAAUAAUAAGACCUGACCUAAAUUUGAUUGCUUAUAAGGUUACCGAUUUUAUUUCCAAAUCAUCCUCCAAUAGGACCUCUAAAUUGUGUUUCAUACAAAAAAUAUUUAAAUAGCAGAAUAGUGUGGGAGAUGGUACAACUACAUACAGACAAAACCGAUUGUAAUUAAAAGUAAAAAUUUGAAAUUAAUUUUAAAAUUGAAACAAAAACACUUUACGUUUAUUAUAUCGAGAAUGGUCAUAAAUCCUUGAAAUUCAUUUUUUGUUUUUGUUUUUUUGUAAUUAAUUAGACUUCCUAAGUGCUUUUAAUUUCUUAGUUAAUAUUCAUUAUAUUUGUUGACUAGUUGAUAAAAGAGAGAAACUUAAACUUUAAAAUUUAAUUAAUUUUUUUUGUAAUUUGGCAUAAAAUUUUAGUUUUGUGAUAUUUCGCGUAAAUUUUUGCCCACACUUCGUUAGAAAGAGAAGAGAAAAUUUAAUUAUUUUUUUAAAAUAAAACUUACACGGUUAGGAUUGCUCUUUUGCAGCAACUAUACUUAUAAAAUAUAGAAUUAUGUGUGUACAUUGUAUGUACCAUUCACAAUAAUAUUUCGUUGAUGAGUCCCAUUUUCAUGCUCAGUCAACUGCCAUAUUUUGUUUUUACUUUAAAUUGUUUUGUUUUUUUUUAACAAAAAUAAUUUGCAAUAAUUUAUUCAACUUUCUGUUCGUGAAUGUACCAUUCAAUUUCAACGAAGAAAAUAUUUUGAACCAGAAAUUGUGUACCGACAAAAAAAAACUGUUAAAAAUUAUGUUAAAAACGUUAACCAUUUUAAGUGUCGCGUCGAUUUUUUUUUAAUUAUAAUUUUCUUCCUAUUAAAAUUAUUAUUAUUUUACCUAAUUACGACUAUUACGAUGUAAGCCAAUUAAUUUUGUAUCUACAAUUUAGAUUUAUUAACGUCACAUUAAAAAGAAAAUGUUAGCAAAAGGAAAGGAAUUUUAAUUUUAUUUAUUCAAAUCAAUAAACACAAAAAAAUCACUCGGAGAAAAUCACAUUCAAUGAAGAAUUUUAAUUUUUAGAUAGAUGUCUGAGAGACAAACUAAAAAUCAGUUGAUUCGAAAAGCUUUGAUACUUACAAAAAAUACAAGGGGUGUGAAUGCACGAAGGGCCAAAUAUUUCCAAGAUAAAUACCGGGCCAGCGGAAGCUGUUACUCUGAUCUUACCAAUAAACAUUUUUUCUCCUCACAAAUAGUUCACCUCACCGGUAAUCGGUAAUCGCAUACAAAACAACCGAAAGACCGAAUUUUGUAAAGCACAAGUACAGUCGGAUAUCGUGAGUUCUCGGAAAGCUUACAUCAUUCAAAAGUGUGUCUCCCUUUCAUUUCACAAAAUGCGCAUUAGACUGCAUUCAUCGUCUGGUCUUCAUUCCUAUAAUCUAGGCUUACGGGCCUUAAAAGAGAAACAUAAAUGGUGUAACUCUGUGCUUGAGAAAGAUGAAAGUGCGGCUGGUAAUAGAAACAAUGUGAAAUUUCCGAAAUUUCUACUUUACCGAACAUUCAAGCCUUUUGUUAGCAAGUUCAAGGCCACAUCCUACAAAUCGAGUCAAACUUAAAUUAAAAUCUCUCCGAAAUUGAAAUGGUUUCAUCUUGUUUAAACUUUGGAAGUGGAGGCGCAGAGAAACAAAA